UUCUUGUUGGAGUUUGAUGGGCGGUGGGAUUACAGGAAGCAAAGCCCCAUCUCCACACUCCCCCAGUCCCCCACCCCUCCCCCCUUUCUCUCUAAACCAGGUGAGGUUUAGUGGUCGAUAGUUAUGGUGGUUCGUUCACUUUCAGCUCUCUCUCUCUCUCUCUCGCUCUCUCAAGUUUGCUUUCUCUACAGUGGAUUUGCCCUUUUUUUAAUUAGGUAAGUACAGGGCCCCAUCGAAUUUUCUACUCCUUUUUUAAGAUUUUUUUUUUGGGACAACAGGAUUAAUCUCUUCCACACCAACUCCUCGAUCAGUUGCUUACGUCUUAGGGAAGGGGUUUAAAUUAGUGAAAACGGUGGGUGGGUUUAGCACCAAUAAGGUCAUAAUCAAGGAGAAGGAGAAAACAAAUAUUAUUUUUGAAGGGAAUUUUUGAACUUUGUAGUUUUGUUUGAUUUCUCUCUGUUCGAUUACUUCCCCAUCUUUGAUUUGAUAAGAUGAGUUGAGGUUGUGAAUAGAAAAAAAGAUCCAUGGAUUAAGAAGAAUGUUUCAUGAAGAUGAUGAUGAUUUAGAUCAAGGAAAAAGAGAAAAAGAAAAGUUCACUGUAGAAAUUUAAUGGAAUUGAGAGGUCAACAAGACAAGGAAAUAGGGAUCCCAAUAAGCUCCUUGAGUUAUAAUCCUCCCAUUCGAGAAUCAUCUUUAUCUUCAAAGGUAGUGAUCACACCGGCAGGAAUAGGAGGAGGAGGAGGAGGAGGAGGAGGAGGAGGUGGUGAAGAAAGAAGAAGAGAUGGGACUGGGAAUGGAAAUGGAACUUCAAUUCUCAACCCAUCAUCUCAAACCCUAGAUCAUCAUCGCCAUCUACGUCCCAAGCAGCAGCUUUUCCAGCAUCAUCGUCAUCAACAACAACAACAACAACUAGACCCAGAUCCAGUUCCAGUGGCUAUCUCUGUUGGUGGUGCAACUGGUUUAGCAGCAGUUGCAGGUGGAUCGAACUCGGCAAGGACACCAACAACCCCCAAGAGUUCCGUCACCGUCCGGUAUAGGAAAUGCCUCAAGAACCACGCGGCGACCAUUGGUGGCCAUGUUGUCGAUGGUUGCGGCGAAUUUAUGCCGAGCGGCGAGGAAGGGACUUCGGAGGCCCUAAAAUGCGCGGCUUGCGACUGCCACCGGAAUUUCCACCGGAAAGAGGUAGAAGGAGAGCCCAGAUCUAGCACCGCCGCGGCCACCAAUAGUUAUUACAGCUAUAACACUAGAAUCUCUCCUCCGCCUGCUACUCCACAUGCUCAUCGACCUCAUCAUCAUCCUCAACUGGCUCCCUCGCAACAGCACCAGAAAUUCCAACUGGGCCUUCCUACCAGUCCAUCCAUGGGUUCGAUCCCGCCGACCAUGAUGAUGGCUUACGGUAGCGGCGGCGGUGGCGGAGGCGGAGCAGGGGCGACGGAGUCAUCGAGCGAGGACCUCAACGUUUACAAAUCCAACGCUGGAGGCACUUCUUCGCAACCAACACAACCGUUCGCCCUGUCAAAAAAGAGGUUCAGGACGAAAUUCACGCCCAACCAGAAAGAUAGGAUGUUGGAAUUCGCAGAAAAGUUGGGAUGGAGGAUUCAGAAGCAGGAUGAGCCAGAUGUCCAACAGUUUUGUGAGGAGGUUGGUGUGAAGAGACAGGUUCUUAAGGUUUGGAUGCACAAUAACAAGCAUUCCAUGAAGAAGAAGCAAUCAUCAUCAUCAUAAGAGGAAAUGAAGUUCCUUUGUAUGUUAAUACCAAUUUAGAGAUGAACCAACUUCUAUGAAUGUCUCUAUUGAUCCAUUUUUCUUUCUUCCUCCCCAGUCCUCACUGUUCUUCAUGUGAAAGGUAUGGUAUUCUACUUCUGUAAGUACUUAAAAACACACCCACGAUGCAACCAGACAUUAUUAACCCUACAAUGCACCCACACAGUUUGGUUCCUCUUCUUCUUCUGAAACACUAAGUCAGAAACCCUAGCAGAUAAGCACACAUCACUUUCGGGGAUGAGAGUGGGGAGGUGGGUGAGGAAUGAAAUUAUGAAGAUCACAUUCCCAGCUUGAACGUCCAGAGUUCAAACUUUGCGGCUGAGGAAUAAGGAGAGGAGAUAAGGCUGGUCCCAAGAACACGCCCACUUUGUCUCAACUCAAAGGCAACCGCAUUCAUUGUAUUCAGACACAGUUAAUGAAUCAGAAAAAGGGCCACUUGCCCUGACGUUUAUACCA